GGCAAGAGCUCUGGUGCUCAGGAACUCAGAAACAGCCUAAGCCUCUACAGGCCCUGGACCAUGGUCCUACCAUGGGCAGGAGAGGGGUGCUGUGACCCUCGUGUGACAUCCUUCCCAGGGCUGCACACAGUGCCUGGCCUGGAAAAGGGAUGUUUGGACUGAAGCUGAAGAAGAAAAAGAACAAAGCAGAGAAGGGGCUGAUUUUAGUUAACAAGUCCGCACAAGAUGGUCAAAGUGACACAGAAGCAUCACAGGAAGGACCCUUUCCACAGGAGGGACAAGAAAGAGAUCUGAUCCGUGAUGAUAUGUCCAUCACUCCCACCUUAUCAGCGCCUCCAAAGAGAAGAUCAAAGGUGCUGACUAGGAUCCACGAUGGUGAAGCCAAGUCCCAAAGCUAUCAAAUUUCCAUCACCAUCAUCGAGGCCCGCCAGCUGGUGGGCGAGAACAUCGACCCAGUUGUGACCGUCGAGGUCGGGGACGAGAAGAAGCAGAGCACCGUGAAGGAGGGGACCAACAGCCCGUUUUACAAUGAGUAUUUCGUCUUCGACUUCAUUGGGCCCCAAGUGCAUCUUUUUGACAAGAUCAUCAAAAUCUCAGUCUUCCACCACAAGCUGAUAGGAAGUAUUCUGAUUGGCUCCUUCAAAGUAGACCUGGGGACUGUGUAUAACCAACCUGGCCAUCAGUUCUGUGACAAGUGGGCACUGCUCACGGACCCCGGAGACAUCAGGACUGGCACCAAGGGCUACCUGAAGUGUGACAUCAAUGUGACCGGCAAAGGCGACACCCUAAAGACCACCCCCAAAACCUCCGAUGCUGAGGAGCAAAUAGAAAAGAACCUUCUGAUCCCACAAGGUUUUCCAUCAGAGAGAGCCUGGGCCAGAUUCUAUGUGAGACUCUACAGAGCAGAAGGAUUGCCCAAAAUGAACUCCAGCAUCAUGGCGAAUGUCACCAAAGCAUUUGUGGGUGACAGCAAGGACCUGGUGGAUCCCUUUGUGGAGGUCUCCUUUGCUGGGCAGACGGGUCGAACCACAGUGCAGAAGAACUGUGCUGAUCCUAUAUGGCACGAACAAGUGGUCUUCAAGGAAAUGUUCCCGCCCUUGUGUCGGAGGGUGAAAAUCCAGGUGUGGGACGAAGGCAGCAUGAACGAUGUGGUGCUGGCGACCCAUUUCAUUGACUUGAAGACAAUCUCCAAUGAGCAGGAUGGAGAUAAAGGCUUCCUCCCGACCUUUGGACCUGCCUGGAUUAACCUGUACGGCUCUCCCAGGAACCACAGUCUGAUGGACGACUACCAGGAGCUAAAUGAAGGCUUUGGGGAAGGAGUGUCUUUCAGGGGCAGGAUCUUGGUAGAGAUUGCUGUAGAAAUCCUCUCAGGAGGGGCACAGGAGUCCAAAUUCUCUAAGGCCCUCAAGGACCUCAAGUUGAUUUCCAAGGACAAAGACUCCAAAUCGUCCAAAGGCUCAAGUAAGGACAAGGCUGACAAAGCUGAUGAUGGAAAACCCCAGCAGGCUUCAGACAAAACUAACUCAACUGAAGUUGAGGUGGAGUCCUUUGAUGCACCCCCAGAGAUUAUACCAGAAAAGUAUGAGGAAUUUUUACUCUUUGGAGCAUUUUUUGAAGCUACCAUGAUUGACCGAAAGAUUGGAGAUAAACCCAUCAGCUUUGAAGUUUCUAUUGGUAAUUUUGGGAACCUGAUCGAUGGAGGGUCCCAUCAUGGGAAGAAGAAGAAAUCAGCAGAAUCAGCUGAGGAAGACAUCCUGCCACUGCUGCACAAGGGGGAAGGGGACGCAUCUCACGAGGGGGCCACUUCUAUGUCCACCACUCACCCAGAGAAGCCUCUGGUGACAGAAGGGAACAGGAAUUACAACUACCUGCCACUCGAGGCCAAGAAGCCCUGCGUCUCCUUCACCAGCUCCUGGGGGGACCAGACCUUCAGGCUGCAGUGGUCAAACAUGCUGGAGAAAAUGGCAGACCUCUUGGAAGAAGGAAUAGAAGAAGUGAGAGAACUGGUCAAGAUUUCCAAGGAGGCACCAGAGGAGAAAAUGAAGGCCGUGCUGGGUGACUUCAUCAGUCGGAGCAGUUCCUUCAUCUCUGAAGCUGAAAAAAAGCCCAAGACACUGAACCAAACCACUUUAGAUAAGAAGCGACUUACACUGUGUUCGCGGGAGCUGGAGGCGAUGGCUAAGGAAGCCAAGGGCGUCAUUCAGCAGCAGAAGAAAAAGUUCUCUCUUGAUGAAAUGAUCCAGGAAGCCCAAAACUUUGUGGGGAAAAUCCGCUUCCUGGUUGAUGAGCCGCAGCACACCAUCCCUGAUGUCUUCAUCUGGAUGCUGAGCAACAACAGGAGAGUGGCAUACGCCCGCGUCGCCGCCAAAGACCUGCUCUACUCCCCCGCCAGGGAGCAGAUGGGCAGGCACUGUGGGAAGAUCAAAACUCAUUUCCUCAAACUCCCUGGGAAACGUCCAGCAGGGUGGGCAGUGCAGGCCAAGGUCGACGUGUACCUGUGGCUGGGCCCCACAGGAUUCUCCGGCGCCAUGUUGGACAACCUGCCAGCAGGCUAUGAGGCAGAGCUGCCCUCCACAGCAGCCGGCGCUCGUCGCCCUCCAUCCAGCCUGCUCUACCCAGCCCGGCACGUCUUCCAGCUGAGAGCGCACAUGUACCAAGCCCGGGGCCUCAUCGCAGCCGACAGCAAUGGGCUUUCUGACCCCUUUGCCAGGGUCACAUUCCUGUCGCAAUGCCAGACCACAAAGGUCAUUUCCCAGACUCUGUCUCCAACCUGGAACCAGAUGUUGCUGUUCAAUGACUUGGUGCUGCACGGAGAUGAGAAGGAGCUGGCGGAGUCCCCACCUGUCGUGGUAGUGGAGCUGUAUGACAGCGACGCAGUGGGGAAGCCGGAAUAUUUGGGUGCCACAGUGGCCACCCCGGUUGUGACGCUGGGUGAUCAGGACUAUGAGGCUCCCCGGCUGUGCUAUCACCCCAUCUUUUGUGGCACCCUCUCUGGAGGGGACCUCCUCGCCGUGUUCGAGCUGCUGCAGGUCCCUUCGGCUGGGCCGCAAGCGCUUCCUCCCAUGGAUCCUCCAGAUGUUGCCCAGAUCUACCCAGUUCCUGCCAACAUCCGGCCAGUGCUGAGUAAAUACCAUGUGGAGGUCCUCUUCUGGGGAGUCCGAGAAAUGAAGAAGGUACAGCUGCUGUCUGUGGACCGGCCUCAGGUUCUCAUCGAGUGUGGGGGCCGAGGAGUGAAGUCCUGCGUGAUCCAGAGCUACAAGAACAACCCCAACUUCAGUGUCCAAGCAGACACUUUCGAAGUGGAGCUGCCGGAGAACGAGCUGCUGCACCCACCACUGAGCAUCUGCGUAGUGGACUGGAGAGCUUUCGGGAGGAGCACGCUCGUCGGCACUUACACCAUCAACUGCCUGAAGCAGUUUCUCUGGAAAACUGAAGAGGCCCUGGCCCUGACCUCACAGGUGGAUGGAGCCCAAGCUGGGCCAGCUAUUUCAGAUGUGUUAAUAGAGAAGGAAUCUUCUGGACUCUCCAGCUCCUCCCAGGAUCCCCCAACAGAUUGUGUCUACAUGGAUGUGGAGCCACCCCCCACCACCAUUCCAGACUCUUCCCAGGCCCAUGCAGCUGUCUUGGUUGACAUCCCUGACUCGUCCCCGAUGCUGGAGUCUGAACACAAGCCUGCAGCCCAGGAGGCGCCCAAAGAUGGGCCAGUUAAGGAUGUCAGGAAGCCUUCCCGGAGAUCCACUAAAAGGAAAAAGAGGACCAUAGCGGAUGAAUCUGCUGAAAAUGUCAUUGACUGGUGGUCUAAGUACUAUGCUUCCCUGCAGAAAGCACAAAAGGAAAAGGAAAGCAAUACUAAGGAGAAUAAAGGACAGCCAGAGAACAAACCAGAUGAGGUAGUAUUAGAAAUAGAAGAUGGCCCCAAGAAGAAAAAAGACAAAAUACUGAAGAAGAAACCGAAAGAUGAUGGAAAUGAUGGAAUCCCCAACCUGGCUGUCUUGAAGAUAUUUGAUGGUGAACUCGAGAGUGAAUUCAACAAUUUUGAAGACUGGGUGAAAACCUUUGAGCUCUUCCGAGGCAAGUCCACAGAGGAGGACCACGGUCUGGAUGGAGACCGAGUCAUCGGCAAGUUUAAGGGCUCCUUCUGCAUCUACAAAAGCCCUGAGGAGUCCAUCUCUGAGGACAAGGGGCAGCUGAGAAUCCAGCAAGGGAUUCCACCAAAUCACCCUGUCCAGGUCCUGAUCAGGGUGUACAUCGUUGCGGCAUUUAAUCUUAGCCCAGCUGAUCCAGAUGGCAAAUCAGACCCCUACAUCGUUCUCAGACUUGGCCAGACAGAAAUCAAAGACCGGGAUAAAUACAUCCCCAAGCAGCUGAAUCCGGUAUUUGGAAGGUCAUUUGAGAUCCAAGCCACAUUCCCAAAGGAGUCCCUGCUCACUGUCCUCAUCUACGACCAUGACAUGAUUGGGACAGAUGACCUCAUUGGUGAGACCAAGAUUGACCUGGAGAAUCGCUUCUACAGCAAACACCGAGCUAUCUGUGGCCUACAGAGCCAGUAUGAAGUAGAGGGAUACAAUGCCUGGAGGGACACAUCCAAGCCCACAGAAAUCCUCACCAAGCUCUGCAAAGACAACAGGCUGGAUGGGCCCUACUUUAGCCCUGGACAAGUACAGAUAGGAAGCAAAGUCUUUUCUGGAAAAACUGUCUUCACUGAAGAGGACACUGAUGAGACAGUGGAGUCUUACGAGCACCUGGCCCUCAAGGUCCUACACUCUUGGGAGGACAUCCCACAGGCCGGAUGUAGGCUGGUUCCCGAGCACAUAGAAACUCGGCCGCUGUACCACAAGGAUAAGCCAGGAAUGGAACAGGGCCGGCUUCAGAUGUGGGUGGACAUGUUUCCCAAGGAUAUGCCGCAGCCAGGGCCUCCGGUUGACAUUUCACCCAGGAAGCCCAAAGGGUACGAACUGAGGGUGACCAUUUGGAACACUGAAGACGUGAUUUUAGAGGAUGAGAACAUCUUCACUGGCCAGAAAUCAAGUGAUAUUUAUGUGAAAGGGUGGCUGAAGGGUUUGGAAGAUGACAAGCAGGAGACGGAUGUCCACUACAACUCCCUGACAGGAGAGGGCAACUUCAACUGGCGCUUCCUGUUUCCAUUUCAGUACCUCCCAGCAGAGAAGCAAAUGGUCAUCACCAAGAGGGAGAACAUCUUCUCCUUGGAGAAGAUGGAGUGCAAGACUCCGGCCGUGCUGGUGCUCCAGGUUUGGGAUUUUGAAAGGCUGUCCUCGGAUGACUUCCUGGGCUCCCUGGAAAUGAACCUCAACAGUUUCCCUCGAGCCGCCAAGUCUGCCAAAGCCUGCGACCUCUCCAAGUUUGAGAAUGCAAGCAGAGAGAACAUGAUCUCCAUAUUUCAGCAAAAGCGCGUGCGUGGCUGGUGGCCUUUCGCUAAGAGCAAAGAGCUCACAGGCAAGGUGGAAGCUGAGUUCCACCUUGUUACAGCAGAAGAAGCCCAGAAAAGUCCUGUGGGGAAAGCUCGGAAGGAGCCUGAGCCCCUGGCGAAGCCCAACCGCCCAGACACCUCCUUCUCCUGGUUCGUGAAUCCCUUCAAGUGCCUGUACCAUCUCAUCUGGAGGAAUUACAAGAAGUACAUCAUCAUCGGCUUCCUGCUCAUCAUCCUCAUCGUCUUCCUGGUGCUCUUUAUCUAUACCUUGCCAGGGGCGAUCAGCCGAAGGAUCGUGGUGGGCUCGUAGGGAUUGCAGGGGGCCAGACCCUCCUGAGCCCACUCCUCUUCCUCAUGGGGACAUCUGAGGACAAGCACUAUGCAAAGCUCUGUACUGAGAGGUCAGGCCCAGAAGACCUGAGAAUCAUGCUCCUGCUUAAGGGAAGGCAACAGUUCUUGGAGAGAAGGGCAGGAAUCAGUCUCUGCCUACUCCACCCUCUACCUCCACUUUGCAAGCUCCAUAUGGUGCCCAUGAGCAGCAGGAGGCAGUGGCUACUUUACCUUGACAUAAUUAAGCAUGACCUUAAAUGGACCUAAGUGAAUGCUGUCUUUAUGUAAUUGGUUGUGUUUGGAGAAAUUGAAUUCUGGAUCUGAGAUUUUAUUAGAAAUACUUUCUUUUAAAGAAAAUUUUAGCAAAUAGACUGAAAGUAGUUUAACAAACUUAGUAGAUAUUUAAUCCACCUCCUAUACCUUAGCCUUAUUUAAUCUUUACAGUUUAUAGAAUAUAUUCACUUAUUCAAGCUGUGAAACCAGCUUAGAGAAAAUAUCUACAAACCAUGUAAAAUACUUCAUUGUUGAAAUUUUCAUUUAGAGACAAGAUCUUGCUUUUUAAAAAUUAAAAUCAGUGGUUGUAGAAUGUAUUUAAUAGCAGUAGUGAGUUCUGGAGAGAUUCAUUUUGAAUUAUGCUUUAUGGCAAUUGCCAAAUGCUAAUUUGAGAAUUUCCUUUAAGUUAUACGAGUUAUAAUUGCGAGUGUGUGUGUGUGUUGUGCUUGGGUUGGGGUAGCUCCAUGCUGCCGGUGGGAAUUCUCUUUUGCCCCAUAUCCAAGCCCCACCAAGUACUGAGUCCCCACAACCCAUGAUGCCCAUAUCUGUCCUUGGCACUGUUUGGCAGUUAGCCUCACAAAUGUGUGUGCUCAGUUCGGGUGCAAAUCAACAUUAGCCUCCUCAGCAUUCCAGGAAAGCAGGGCAUUGGUUGUUAGUAAGGAAGGAGUGUCUAGGGCCAGAACUCAGUGCUUCAGUCCACAAUCACACAGACCAUGCUUUGGUCUUUUCUUAAUGGACCAGGAACAUUGUGGAAUGCUGUGAACGGAAGCAUGUAGGACAUGGGAGUGUUUCCUGGUGAGACUGGUUACACCCACCACAGUUCAUUCUUACUGUGCAAUCAUGCGCUGCCAUCGCUAAUGACACAGUCAUAAAAGAUAUAUAAGCUAGAAAAUUUAUAUGUACACUAUGUUGUAAAAAGAAGGUAUGUACACAUGCAUAAAAAUGCCUGAAGAAAUAUGCCAAAAUGCUUAUCUUUAAGUGAUAAUGUGAUACCAUCGUUUGCCUCUAGCUUUUCUAUUUCUCCUAAAACUUCUGAAAUAGGCAUGUGUGUGGAGCCACCAAGAUGGUGGAGCAUUAAGCAGAAAAGAAGGGGCUGCCCUGAGGCCUUGUCAUCUGUGUGCUGGAAUACAGCCAUGUGGGAAGACAAAGGGAAGGGCUUCCCUGGACCCAGGAAAGAUCUGAAGUGUGAACUGAAGCCCAUGGAGAGAGUGAAGAGAGAAGCUUGAGCAGAAAAGGAGGUAGCUGGUGGAGUUUCUCCCUGAGACAGGACUCGCUGUCUAGGAGGAACAGCUCAGACUUGCAGACUCACGGUGACUGUUGGUGGCCUGGAGGCCUUCACUGAGAAACACAGCAGUAGAGAGGAGCAGCAGAUGCGAAGGACUGCACUAGUUGGCCGUGAGUGCUGAGGGCUUAGUCAUCCUACAUGAGACGUGGUCAUCUGGGAGCCAUCGUGGAGAGGGGCCAACUGAGCUCCGGACUCCCAGCUGGGCUUAGAUCCACAGAAGGUGUGCAGACAGCUGCAGGAUGAAUGCGUCUGGUCUCAGCCAGAAGGUGCAGGCUUGCUGAGAUUAUCCACCACCCACCAAAAAGUUACUGCUGGUUUACUGGAAUAAAUCAACACAGAUUGAGAUUCAGUCUCCACAUAUUGUCUGCCAAUGACAGCAGAGACAUAACUGGUAGUGUUCUUUUUUCUUUUUUUCCUCUUUUUUUUUUGUGGUGGUGGUGGUGGUUUUGUUUUGCUUUGUUUUCUUCUCCAUUGGUU